AUGAGAAUUGUUGAUCGCGAGGUGGAGGUAGUUAAACUUGUAGUCGUGAGAAAUCGAAGCUGUAGAGCUCAAGCUCCAGGCGACGAGACGACGUGUAUCAAACUACCACCCAAGCACUUAACACCCACCGUAACAGCCGCAAAAGUGGGGCCUCGCCCGUGCACCCCAGACUUUAUCACGAGUUUUGCAUCAAAAGUCAUCAUCAUUGUAGAUGGCCCAACAACAAUGAAUCGGCAGCUGGGAGUCCUGUUGCGACGGCCUCAUGGGACCGGGAGGAUCACCUGGAUAGGAAUCGGGUGUUCCCAAUCAUGGCUUCGACAUCUGUCGAGCACUCCUAGACUUGAAAGGAAUGAUCCACGCCCUGUGUAUAAGAUUCGGAGGGCGUUACCUGGGCAAAAGAGAUUUGAAGAUCAAUCUGAUAGGUCUAAAACUGGAUGGCGAAGUACGGGGAUUGAAGUGCCAGAUGGGUAUACUUUUAGGAGACUAGAUGUCGGAAGAAACAGAAAUUGGGGAGAGAAAGACGAGAACACUUCGAGUGACCCAACUACGGAACCUCCAAAAGAUGGAUUUGCUUUCUUCCGGGUACCUGGGACAGCGGAGAGAGCUCCCGGGGAAAUAUUGAGUGAUCCAACGACGGGAAUUCCACUGCGACAAUGGGUUGGAGAACGUUCUUAUCGGUUAUCUCUUGGACGGGAGAGAUCUGAUCGUCCUGAGGGGUCUGAAAUGCAGGGUAAUCAACAAACGACUGACUCUGAUCAAAUUUCGAGCGAAACCGGAGUUCCUGUUUGGCAAAGGAGGGGGAUUUGGGCGGAGCGAAAUGCACGAGUUCAAACGUCAGAUGGAUUCAAUCGUGAUUGGAAAUCUGAUGAUCCCCAUGAGAUGAACCCCCCGGUAAGUGACAGGAAGAGGGAGCGGAGACGAGAGGAAAGAAUCAGGAAAGGGGAGCGGAAUUUACGGAUGAUCCAAAUCCAAGAAGCUACUUUUUACCGCCAUUUUCCUCGAUCAAUCUCAGAUACUGAAAGUAGCAAUCCGCCGCUCUUCAAGGAUUUGACCUUUGCGCUUGUAAACGCCAAGGCGCGUCAAGGAGACGGCUCUACUGAAGAUGAUGUAGUCCAUGCAAGUCCUAGACAUUGGGCUAUCAUUGGACCUUCCGGAUCUGGAAAGACGACUUUUCUGCAGGCUAUUUCGGGACGUCUUCAUUCGACUCCUGGGGCUGGGACUAAGGGCGUGGUUAAAUGGCCUUUAUUUGAGCGUAGCGGGAUGGAAACCCCUCUUAGCCAGGCGAUUCAGAGGGUGGGAUUUGAUGGGGAACAGGGACUUGGUCAAGCACCUAAAGGAGCUUAUUUAAGUGCUAGGUAUGAGUCUAGAAGGGAGAUUGAGGACUUCAGUCUGCGUGAUUACUUGAGAGGGAAUACCGAGUUGAAUGCUUUUGAAGAUUUGAAGGAAAAGGUCAAUGAACAGACGUUGUACAGUGUGGCGAAAAGUUUGAGAUUGACCGACUUACUCGACAUGCCGAUUUCGAAUCUAAGCAACGGACAGACGAGACGAGCUAGGAUCGCCAAGGCUCUACUCGGUAAACCGGGUCUCCUGUUGCUCGAUGAGCCUUUCAUGGGGCUGGAUCCUCCGACGUUACUCACGCUGAGCCCAAUGUUGAGAGAGCUGGCAGAGAAGAGUAGGCCACGAUUACUUCUGACGCUUCGACCUCAAGACCCUAUCCCGGAUUGGAUUACAGAUAUCAUCUACUUGAAGGGAAAUUGCCAAAUUGGUUAUAUUGGGGAGAAACACCUCAUUUUAGAAAAGAUGAAGAAGUGGUGUGAGAAUGUUCGUAUAGGUCGAUUUCGUCGUCAUGAUCCUGAAAUGCCGAUUCAUUCGAUGCUAGAGGUGGGACGGGUCUUGACAGAUACGGGGAUUGAGGAAAAGCACAUUGGUGCUACAGAAGCUAAAACGGCCACUGAGCUUGCUGGUAGAAUCGCGAAAGAAAGCAACCACUCAAUUUCUCUUACUGGACCUACCGAUCAGCCCCUUAGUCGAGAUGGAUAUCCUAUGCUUGAUUUCGAGCCUCAAUAUUCCCCUGAGACUGAAAAAUUGAUAGACAUGAAAGGUGCCGUCAUAUCAUAUGGCGAGAAAACAGUUCUCGGAAACUGGUCACAACCCAUCCAUGGCGAGGUGAAACCCGGUCUGUGGUGGGAAGUUUUACGUGGCCAACGCUGGGGCAUAUUUGGACCCAACGGAUCUGGCAAAACCACAUUACUCUCGUUAAUCACCUCGGAUCACCCAAAAGCCUACUCCCUUCCCAUCGAAAUAUUUGGACGAUCACGCCUCUCUGAACCAGGAAAGCCAGCUCUCUCGAUCUUCGAACUUCAAUCCCGAAUCGGACAAUCCUCACCCGAAAUCCACAACCACAUCCCACGCUCCCUAACCAUCCGUCAAGUUAUCGAGAACGCCUACUCAGAUACCCUCCGCGGUCCUCCAACCCUCGACGACAGAAUCCGCAAACGCAUAAACCGAUUUCUCAUCUGGUUUGAACAAGACCUCCGCCCCGGCGCCACCGCCGCAGAAACCCCACUCGUCUUCACCCCAAGCCCAUGGUUUACAGAAGCUCAAAACAUAACAACGCUCAAAAACCUAGUCUCACAACAUAUAUCCCGCGACACCAGCUGGGCAGACACGAAUCUCUUCGGCGCCCUCCCCUUUGGCGCCCAACGAGUCCUCCUCUUCCUCCGCGCCAUCGUCAAGGAGCCCGACAUCGUCAUCCUCGACGAGGCGUUCUCCGGCAUGGACGACAUGGUGCGCGACCGAUGUCUCCUCUUCCUCGCGCACGGCGAGCUGAAACGUUACAGGACGCACGAGAACGGCGAGCGCAGCAUCGUGGAUAGCGAGAUGAAAUCUUUGAAUUUUGAUGCGAUAUGGGGGUUGAGCGAUGAGCAGGCGUUGGUUGUGGUUAGUCAUGUUCCUGAGGAGAUUCCGGGGAGCGUGAGGAAUUGGAUUUGUUUGCCGGAUGCGACGACCGGGAAGCCGCCUCGGAUGGGGGUGUUGGAUGGCCCGAUUGAGGGGGAUAGGGGGAGGUGGAAGGAGAUUUGGGGGAUGUAG